AUGACAUCUAAUGCUAAUAAUUUGAAAUUAGAUUUUAAUAAAAUUUCGAGUAUCCAUUUCUUUAAAUCUGAAGAGUAGAGUCCUCUUGAAACUCCUACUGACAGUGAUAAGGACUAAUAAGAAGAAUAGCUCUCUCCAAUAAAAAAAAAAGCCUUGAUGUUUUAUUCUAGGCUUGGAAAAUCAAUAGAUUUCGCUAAUUCACCAAAAGAUGUGAAACAAACAUAAAAGACAUAGCUCUUACAGAAAAUCGAUAUUGUAAAUACAUAUAAAGUUAAAUAGUUAUAGAAUGGAAUUCAAAAAGAGAAUAAAUAUGAAGCAGUAACAGGUUCUAAUAACUAAUUUAAGUUAAAUUUUGGAUAUAACUCUGUUCUACCUCAUAAAAAUUAAAUUGAAAAUGAUUCUUUUACUUAAUCUUUGCAGCUUGAUUUCCGUAAGCCUAAUUUACAACAAUAAAUACAAUAACCUGCUAUUCACUCAAAUACUAACAGUGCUAGUACACUAUCUUCAUCAAUAAAACUCUGUAAUGAUUAAGAAACUAGUAACAAGAAUUAGUUUUAGUCUUGCAUUAGAAAUGGCAAAAAGCACUCUUCGUUGAAAUUCUAGCACUCAAUCACAGUAAAUUAAUAAUAGAUUUAAUAAGAAAAGUCUGAAAAAGAUAGAAUAAAUUUAGAAAAUUAAUAAAAACUUUUAGUAAUUAACACUAAAAAGCCAAAUUUUAAUAUUGAUACAGAUUAAUAAUUGAAUAAUGGUUUAAGUAUAUUCCAAAAUGAGUUUAUAUAAAAGGUAGCUUCUCUAUCUUCUAUUUAAAGUCCUAAUGCUAGCUAAAGAAAUUCAUUCUCAACUUUAUUGUCUCAUAAUAACUAAAAAUCAUUACUAUAACAUCAAGAACCCUUUACUUUUUAAGAUCACUUAAAUUAGGUUUAGAAAAAGAAAUAUUAAUAGGAUAAAAAUAAUUAUUCAACAAGUAAAAACAGAUUAAAAUAAGAAAAUAUAAAUUCAGAGUAAACUCCUAAUUAUCAAUCUUAAAAAAACACAGCAGAUUCUAAAAAUUAGACCUUAUUUUUUUAAAAGAGUCACCAAUAAACUUAAUACAAAAAUAACUAAAAUCCUGAUAAUAGUAAUAUAGUUAACUAUUUUAUAUCUCAAGUCUAAUCAUCUAUUUCAGUAUUACACUAAAAUAAUAAAUAAUUAAUAAAUGAUAAAUAACUUUAUUCUUCCAGUAACACUGAAGUUGAUUAAAAGAUGUUUAAAUAACACUCUGAAUCAGAAUAAAUUAUCAAAAAUUCAUCCUAAAUUUAAAGUGCUUCUCUAUUAGAUAAAUCUGAUAAAACUAUAUCAUCACCAAAAUCUGCUAUAGACAACCCUAUCAGACCAAAUAACAUGCCUUAUGAAAGAAGAAUUAAAUUAUUUUAAUUAAAUAAUUAGUUUUAUCCAUAAAAAAUUAGUAAAUAAGGCAGUAGUCUAUCUCCUUCUCGUUAAAAAACUAAUGUCAUUUAGUAUAAAAUAAGUGAUAAUCUAUCUCCAAAAAAUAUUAAUAAAUAAACGAAAAAUGUUUUAUACUCUAAAUUAAAUUCUGUCAAUAAUAAAGAAAGCUAAUAUUAUUAAUCCGAAAAUGAAGAAACUAUUUAACAAAUAUAUCCAGAAUCUUAAUAAAAUAUAAAAUCGUUUUCUUAGUUUUCUUAAUUUGAGAAUUUAAGUUAAAAAAUAAAAAACUCUUCAUUAACAACAAUAUAAAAUAUUAUAAAAAAGGAGGUCAAUAAAAUGUCUGAUUUUACACAAUUUACUAUAGAUAAUUUUACUAAAAAUCAAUAAAAUAUCUCAUUUUUGAACUAAAAUGAGUUACAGAACAACUAAAUAUAUAAAAAUGAUAGUAUUUAUCAAAACAGCAACCAUUUUCUUUAAAAAUAAAAUAAUCUUACUUAAAAAAUAGUAAUUGUUGAUUAAAAAGAAAAAGACUGCUCGCCAAAUAAUGCAAAUAUAAUGAUUUAAUUAGCUCAAAUAAAUAAGAAAUCUUCCAACAAUUAAAUUUAACUGUUUGAAGAUAUUGAAAGCUCUCCUUCAAGAAAAUUGAAUUCAAUUCAUUAGUAGAAUAUUGAAUAAAGAUACCGUGUUCGGGAUUAAUAUUAAUAAAGGAGUUUAUCAUAAAUAUGCCCUAUCAACAGUAGACUAUCCUUUACUAAUGCAAACGCUUCAUAAAGUAAUACACCUUAACAAAAGCUUGCUGAAGGGAAUACAGAAAAUACCUUUAGUGAUUUUAUUUUUUAAAACUCAAGUUAGAAAAGCUCCACUCUCUAACUAUGUAAUAGUAGCAUAACUCCAAAAAAUUAAGAUCCUGAAAAAAAUAGAAAAAUUCUCAAAUGUCUAUUCCUAAAAAACCCUCAAGAAAGCCCUUUUAAACUAAUAUAAAAACAAAGAAAAAUAAAAAGCAAUAAUAACUAACUUUAAAAUUGA